AUGGCGACUCGCGAGGCGUAUGAUGUGGAGCGUGUGCGCGGAGACAAGUCUCUCGCAAACCGUGCCUUUUCGGAGACGGAAGAUUUUCCAGACAGUCCCGUGCGACAGACUCCCGCUUUUGCUGACCCCGUGCCCGCAGUUGUUUCCCCUGCGUCGCCUCGGAGUGCUGCGCCAAGUCCGAGCGCCUUCCUAGAAAACCGCGUUGGACUGGAGAAGACCCGACGGCCUUCUCUCACGCAUGUGCACGUGGAAAAUCCGCGGUCGCCUGGUGCCAAGCGCGCGUCUUCUUCGCCUUCGAGGCAGGCGCCUCUGUCUCCGCAUGACAGGACGCAGGAGGAGUUGGCUCCGCGCGAAUCGAUUUCCUCCACGCCUCUCCUCUCCAGUUUGUCUCCCAGAGAUGGAACGCUCGCAGUUCUCGCGCGAGGAGGCGUCGGGACUCUCGAGAUCGCCUCUCCAGACCAAAGCGACGCGUUCCUCGUCAAAGCUCUCUUCGCCGGGAAAAUCGUCGCCGUCGUCCUCGCCGCCGUGCUGAUUGUCUCUGCAGUCACCCACCUCCAAGCCGUCGGAAAUCUGGUCAACAGCCUCCUCGCCAAGGUCCAAGCACUAGGGCCGUGGAGUCCCCUCGCCUUCGUUCUCAUGUACGUCGCUCUCGUCAUCCUCAUGAUGCCUGCUGAGGCCUUGAAUGUGGCGGGAGGCUUCAUUUUUUCUCGCGUCUACGGCUGUCUCGUUGGAGUGCCGCUGGCUCUUUGCUGUAGCAUGACGUCCCUCGUGACUGCGGGAAGCGUUUGCUUUCUCCUUUCGCGGCACGUUUGCGCCACGCACGUCGAGAAACUGUUUCGAGGGAGCGAGCACUACUAUGCCUUCCAGCUGGCGGUCGAAGACGGAGGAACCUGCUUCGUCGCCUUGAUCCGCCUCUCCCCUAUUCUUCCGUACUCUAUUACAAGCUAUCUCCUUGGCCUCACGUCUCUCCGUUUGUCUCAGCUGGUUUUGGGUUCCUUCUCGAGCACUCCACUUGUCUUCGUCUUCAACUGCGUCGGCGCGGCGCUUCGAGACAUCGAAAACGUCGACUUCGGGCGUCUCCACUUGAGUUGGGAGAAGGCGCUUUUGGGCCUUUUUGGACUCGCCACAGCGACGACUUCCGUGUUCUACAUCAGUUCUCUGACUCGGCGAAAGCUGCAGGAGGCGACGGCGACUCUAGCUCGGCGUCAGGCGGAGCAGUCUCUCUCGCGAGCGUCGACCGUCGCGGUGUCGAUUGGCGAGUCUGAUGAGGAGAACUAG